AUGGAGUCCAUGGAGAGUUGGGUGCAGGACGUCUUUGCGCCCGUGGUACUCACAUGUUCCACGCCUGAAGCAGAACGUAUUGCGCAAAAGAACAACCUUUCUGUAGCUGAUAUUCUUAAUGGAUUUGCACGUUUAAAUGACGCCGAUACGCCGUUGCGUUCCGUUACGCAUCCGAUUCAACUCGCGUGCUUUAAUUUUCGCUUCCUCGCAUCUAAUCAGUUUCAUACACUGGGACUAAAUGAGGCUACGGAGCAACUUAACGACAGUAUUAAGCGUCAUCCGCCGCAACAUAACGCGGCGUUGGCUGUGGAGCUGGACAUCCCACGAGUUACGAGUGUCGAUGAUGUGCCGACGUACCUCCAAGUUAUUGGAGCAGAUGCUGAAGGCAGCCACGAUAUAAUGCCCUGGUAUCAAUCCUUCAAACACACACUUAUGGACACAUUCCGUUGUGAAGAGUACAGUCUUUUGUGUCAUCCUGUGGCCAUGAUGGUCGUUGUGAGCUCUACGGAUCCGAAUCCACGUCAUAGUUUCGAGGAACUGAUAGCACCAAGGAAUCUCCCAUUGCCAUUUCAACAAGAACUAUAUGAUGCCACAUUGGUGCCCAAGUUUUAUAUGGUGAUCCAUGAUGUCUUUGAGACGAAGGGCACGUCAAUUGAUCCCGAUGCGAUCUUGAGGAAUAUGAACAUUACAACAGUUAAUGGAGCAGUGUUGAGGAUCAACUCCUUGCCGGUGGAAGAUGCCCCUGUCCCAUCACCAUUUGCAAAGGUGUGGACGGAAAAUCCGUAUGUGAGACCACCGUUGUUCCCUUAUGAGCUCGACAUAUAUCCACAAGUGAGCGACGGAGUAGGCACGUUGUUGUCUAGAGAUGAUGUGGCACAGGUGAAGGCUUUUGUACGAGAUUUCGGACUGCGAUUUAUCCUAUCGUCGCUUGAAGGACGGAUUUUCCAAUUGAAUGAAGUGGUCUCGGCCAUGAAGAAAGGUGUGAAAAAUGUCUUCAAGUCGUGGCUACGCAAACCGAAAGACUUGCGUCAGUCGAAUGCGUCAGUAUCGGGUGGUGUUGUAUACAAUUGCAGCUCCAUCGAGUCGCAGACUCGUCUAUUGGCCGAUACAGCUUUUCUCGUUCGAGACUACGAGCUGGCACUGCAAAUGUAUCGCUUGGUGCGUGACGACUUCAAAUCGGACAAGUCAGUGUUACAUUGCGCCAAUGUGAAUGAGAUGAUAGCAAUUUGCUUACUUUUGACAAAGGGAUCGCCCAUGCAGAUGACGAAUGCUCUCGACUCGGCCAAUGCGAUCUACGCCAAAACGCCUUCUCCGUUGACCCAGCGUCUAGCUAUUCGUGCGGCGGUCAUUGCCGGUGAGGUGUAUCACACGUUGAGUAAGUCAGGUCUGAGUACAGAUUACAUGGACAACGCUUCCGCUGCACUCAUUCGUGGCUCGACGAUGGAGCAAGGCAUCUGUGCGGCAGUUCUUAUGGAGUGUGCAGCCUUGUGCGAUCUCCGCGCGCGACUACCAAAGUUUCGCAAGUACGGAUUUCGAAUGGUAAUGGCUGGCCACGUGUUUCAUUCCCUAGGGCAUGAGCAGCAUUCUGCGAGGUGUUACUCCUUGGCGCGAGCUAUCUAUGACUGCAGCGGCUGGUUCCUUGUCGAAGAUCACAUAAACUUUAUGCUUGCGCAACAGGCAAAUAAGCUGGACAACCGCAUGGCUUCUAUAAAUUUGUUUCUCAAGCUUAUCGGCACGGGCCGCAAUUCAGCGAGUCAACAGGAAGCUAUGUUGUACGAUUUUGGUUUGAUGGUCAAAGACUUCUUGGUAACAGAGCGUACCGGCGCGCGCGCGUCUUCGUUUGCUCGAGGCGGGCCCAUCUUGAUAGAAAAUGGCGAUGGCAGCACCAAGAAACUACUUGUAAGAGAUUUGUGCAUGCCUGAGCUGGAUGACAAGUCGGCCGUUGUAUUUGCAUCGACAAACGCGUUUGGCAUUGACCGAUCUAUUGACGGUAAUCAUUCUGAAGCAGAGACAUGGCAAGAGCUUGGGGAUAUCAUCGACAAGCAAAACCGGCUGCACCAAUAUGUUACGUCAGGCAACAGUAACGAAGCGAAGAGCUGGUUUGCACCUGCGCAUGUGUAUGCUGGUUACCGUAAUAAAAAGAGUGCUGCAAUCCAAAAACCCGAGAACUACGUUUUGGGAGAACAGAUCUUUGUUGAGUUUGUGAUGAAGAAUGCUCUUUCGUGUGCAGUGGAUGUAACGAAUAUUCAUUUGUUUGGAAGAUUUGAGACCGCUGAUGAAGAUAAGGAAGCAUUUUGUGUUCCCGAGAACAAAAAGUCUAGUGACCAGCGCAUUGUAAUCGACAGCGUGAACCUGCAGCUCCUGCCGUGCAGCGAAGAGCGUGUCCGUCUUGCAGUAUGCCCAAAAAUUCGCGGAAAGCUAAGUCUGACUGGGGUCCGCUGGUCAAUAUGCGGUGGAGACGUCCAAGGCGAACACGCCUUUGAUAUUCCUGGCCCGCUGCUGCAAGACACGAGAGCACACCGAGAGGCCCGGGCCCGUGCACCGAACAUGAGUCUAAUUGCGAAUGUUGUGGAGUCUAUGCCAUGGCUUGGAGUGAAAGUAGAAGGUUUACCGGCUGAGGCUUUUGUCGGUGAGCUGAUGGAGUUAAACAUUUUGCUUCUUAACUCCGGUACAGUAGCUCUGUCUGGUCUCCAGAUUUGCUGCACUGACUUGUUGAUCUGUGCAUCGGAAACGAGUACCACAAAGAAUUUGUGCGGAUAUAUUGGGGCUAGUGGUCACGUCGUGAGUUUAAACGGAGUGAUGUUAGCACCCGGAGAAACAAAGGAGAUCAAGAUGUGGGCACGAGGGCUAGUGCCUGGGCGUCGUGACGCGGCCCUCCUGUUUCAAUAUACUGCUUCUGGAGAAGAACAAGCUCGCGUUAGCUCGUCACUUUCACGCACAGUGAAAAUGAAGCUUGGUCUGGACUUGUUGCCAUGCGUCGAUGUAUCUUAUUCCAUCGAACCGAGCUUUGGCGCCAGCAACGAAUACAUUCUUGGUAUUACAGUGUCAAACCAGCGUAGUGACCACGGUGAAAUGGUCGGUCCUCUGGACGGAGUAGUUCGAUUGGAGGAUCUCAUUUGCGUAAGCUCCUGGGCAGUUGAGGCCUUGACGCGUCCCCCUUCUCAGAAAGCAACAGACGUGCGUGAUUCACUGUGUUUGGGUUUCUUCGAAGCCAGCACAAGCUACUUUCGCGUGACUCCACGACGGAGUAGUUCUACUAAGGCAUCAGAAUUAUGCAAGAUACCUCUCCUCUCGGCGCAAAGCGGGGUUGAUAUGUCGUCUACCUUGCCGAUCGAGCAGUUUCUAUGUCUGGAAAAUGCUCGAGAAAUCGUUCGUGCCAAUGGUGCUGGAAGUGGCGAUGGUUCUGGAAGUGAUGGGAAACGUGGCGGUGGCUUUCGAACGAUCCAAAGUGUAAGACGAGAGAACAAGGCUCUAAGAGAUGCGUCUGCUGACGAUAGCAACGACAAAAAAAUACAGCUAGAGCCUCAGCCGACGUCAAGAGAUGCGCUGCUGUCUCCGUUGGAUACGGAUGGUCAUCUUGUGCUGGUGUGGUCGACUGAUUGCAGCUCAUCGUCGAGUGAAAACUGGCCUGGAGUGGCUUCUCGUCGGGCAAUAGGUCAAACAAACCUGACGUCGGUGAAAAUUCGACCAUCGCUUCAAGAAAAUUCAUGUCCAUUGACUGUCACGCUCGGCUACAAUAACUGCAUUGACCUGAAGAGCUCGACGUACCCUGGUUCGACAUCAGCGAUGAGUAUUGCGGAAUUAGAUAUCACAAUGCAGGUGUGUAACGAGUCAUCGCCGAGCUCACCUCCACUUGACGUUACUGUCGAAAUGCUGCAUCCCGAAAAAUCCCAGACUUCGCUCCCUGCUACUGCGCCGUUGACAAAGCUACAUUCUGUAUCGUAUUCUGGUGCUUCUCCACCCCGUGUUGCACCACCGCGUUUCUUCUGGACAGGAGUUACCAAAAAGAAACUGACGCGGUUCUCGCCCAACAGUCAGGUGACGAUCAACCUGAAAGCUUGCUUUAUGGGGCCAGGCAUUUACAAUCUUAAUCGAUUUCGAUUCGUUGUGCAAUCUGGUACCCCAAACGGGCAGCCUUCAAGUAUCUUCAUGAUCCCAGCGGAGUACCUCGUGUAUGUGAAAGCCCCGCAGCAAGUCUCGAAAUUGCAGGCAGCGUCCAACUAG